AUGGCGCGCAUUAAAGGGAGCGGUGUUUGCGGCGCGUACCGUAAAGUGUUGGCCCGCCGCGCACCGUGGAAGGUGCUGAGCUCAGGCAGGCUCAACACGGCCCGCUCGCCGCCGCGACCUGCCCGGCGCAUCGGGGGAAACCCGAUGUGUGUGAAGCCCGUUCCCGCCUGGCAGGAGGGCAUCGAGGAGUUCCUGCCGCAGCAGUACAGCGAUCCCGACGGAGAAGCGGCAGGGAGCAGCGGGCAGGGCAAGAAAAGGCAGCACGGGGCUAGCUGAGGUCCUCAGGUUGCUUUCCUGCAGGAGAUCUGUUUGCUCUCACAGUCUCCCUGAGCCCUUUCUCGUCUGCUGCCCUGCGGAA